UAGUAACAUUAAGUUUGGAAACCACUGGAUUAGUCAAUGUAAUUCUAAUAAUUUCUUCUUUAAUUGCAUUGUUUUUUCUCAAAGUGAGCUCGUUUUUACAGCAAUUUACAAGUUUCUUCUCUUCUAUAGAUGCAAUGAAUCAAACUAAUUCAGCUAGGAUGCUUUGGAAAUAUGAAAUUGUUGACAGCGCGUCGAGAAGGGAUGAUUUGUCAGUUAGGGGUGGGUGUAUGUUUUUCGGUUUUGCUGUUGAUCGUUGCGUGAAGGAUGCCGACGAAUCCUUGCUACUGCUCGCCGAUGAGGCACGCCGUCAUCAUGUCGAUAAUGACGGCGGUGGGUAUAUGCUACGCUCAACGAGUUGUCCUCAACAUGGGAAUCACCGAGAUGAUCAAGUUCAAAGACACGGAAUCGCCUUGCCCUCUGCGCAACAUCACCUACAGCAACACCUCGUUCUCGACGAGGCAAGUGGAGCCGACCGGAGACCAGAAGGAUUGGGGCGAGUUCGGACAGGGCGUCCUGCUGUGCUCGUUCUACGCCGCCUGGACACUCUUCCAGUUCCUGCUGAUCUUCGUCGCGAGACUCGGUGGUCGCUUCUCCAUCCUCGUCGGAAUGGCAAUCACCUCGCUGGCGACCGGUCUGUUGCCGUUCGGCUCGAUCUUCAUGCCCAUCGACUUCAUGAAUUGGGUUCUGCUGACGCUGCUGCGAGCCGCUGCCGGCAUCGGACAAGCGAUGGUGCAGCACGGCAUCAAUCGUCUGUUCAUCAAAUGGAUCUGGCUGGAGGAGAAGAAGGUCACCGUGAGACUGAUCAACUGCUCGAAGGUGGUGGGCAUCUACUUCGCAUCGAUCACGACCGGUUGGCUCAUCAAGGUCACCUCCAGUUGGCACAUACCGUUCUUCGUGUUCGGAGCUGCGGGCAUCCUCUGGAUCCUCUUCGCGCUCUUCUACGUGUUCGCUGAUCCGGAGAAGCAUCCCAUGAUCCAGAGCUACGAACUGGAGGAUCUGAAAGAUAAGGUUGUUGCAGUCGAGGAUAAGGGUAAGGGCGCCAAGGAUUUGGCUAUAUUCGCGUUGGCGCUCGCCCAAUUCGGAAACGAGUACGUCUUCCUCACGCUCUUCACCAAUUACCCCAAGUUCCUGCAAUCGUACAUCAAGAUGGAUCUGAUGGAGAUCACGCAGAUCGGAUCUCUGCCCUACCUGAUGUACUUUAUGGGCUACUUCGUCUUCUCAAUGAUGUGCAACAAUCUCUUCAGACGGAAUCUGCGCGUCUCGUGCGUGUACAAGUUCUGCGUGUUCAUCGGACUCGUCGUUCCCGCCGCCCUCCUACUCGUCCUCAUCUUUCUGCAGUGUCACAUCAUAGGCGUGCUGAUCGUCGUCUCGAUCGCUCUGUUCUUGAACGGGGCCGCCGCUUACGCCAUCGACGAGAACUGCCUCAGUCUCUCGCUGCACUUCUAUCCCUUCAUCGUGACGGUGUGCAACGCGUGCGGCGGUAUAGCCGGCACCGUCACCCCCAUGGUCAUCGCGAUCAUCGCCAAAGAUAACAGCGAAGGACAAUGGACGUGGAUCUUCUACUUCGUCAUCAUCGUCGCCUUCGCCAUGGCCAUCUGUUACGCCGUCAUGGGAUCAGCUCGUCGCGCCAAAUGGGAUUACAAGGACAACGAGGAGCAACCGGCCAAGACGAAAACCAAAUGGUACCAGGAGAAACCACCGGAAUGAAAAUUAUCACAACUAUGGAAAUCAGCAAAAUCCUCACUAAAACAAAGUAAAAUGUAAAAUGUGCGCGUAAACAUUAAAACUUUAAAAUUACCUUUACCAUAUCUCGACUAAAUUCAACUGAAGACAGGAAGGAUUUCAUAAUAAUCAUAUUUUUUUUUUUCUCACUCUUGAUUUUAUUAAAAUAAUAUAAUAAUUAUUUUGCAAUCCCUAAUUACUAAUACUUAAUAUGAAUAGAAAAAUAUCACCUGGGUCAUCCUACUCCUACAACAUAAUCAUCUUCUCACCAUCCCCACAGCAAUUCACGCGCCAGCACCAACAAUAGUUUCUC